AUGGAGAUUUCUUUUAUCUCCGUCUGGAGUCUCCUAACUCUUGUCUAUUCUUUUGCCUUGCAUGCCCAGGCGCUUCCAAGUCAAAAUACUUUCGAAGUAUGUGACACGCUCUACACCUCGUAUCAACGCAACUUGGUUUGGGAUCCACUGGGACCAAACGCAACCAAGACGGUCCUCAACUCGACUCUCUACUAUGACACCAAUGUCAACUAUUGGAAUCUUAGGAGCAAGCGCAACCGUGCUGCCUGUAUAUUCUACCCCUCGAGUGCGGAAGAGGUAUCCUUCGCGAUUCAGACUCUCAACAAGUAUCCCGACGUCCAAUUUGCGCUGAAGUGUUCCGGACACAACCCCAACCUUGGGUUUUCAAGUGUAAAUGAGGGCGUGCUUUUAGCUUUUGACCCAAACUUUAAGUACUCUAUCCCUUCGGAUGAUGGCACACUGGUUAGAGUAGGUGCUGGUGCAAAAUGGGAGGAUGUUUAUGCUUCGCUUGACCCUCUAGGGAGAGCUGCAGUAGGGGGCAGACUUGGCAAUGUCGGUGUUACGGGCUUCACUCUUGGCGGUGGUCUUUCGCACCUCUCGCCUCAAUAUGGCCUGGCAUGCGACAACGUGGUCAACAUCAACUGUGUUCUAGCCAAUGGCACCAUCACCAAUGCAAAUGCCACAUCAAAUCCUGACCUCUUCUUUGCACUGAAAGGAGGGGGCAAUCAAUUUGCUGUCAUUACUGAAUUCACAUUCAAAACAUAUGAAGUCGGAGAUGGGGGCCAAAUUUGGGGUGGCAUCCGUACGUACUCAGCUGAUAAACAUGCCGCUAUUCUUGCAGCCAUCUCAAACUUCACGGCGAACAACGAUGAUGGAAAGGCUGCUCUUAUUCCGACCUUCAAUUUCUUCGGUAUACUCGGAGUUAAUAUCCCUGCCAUCAUCGUCUUCUACUUCUAUGACGGACCCCAGAUGCCUCAAGGUAUCUUUGACGAACUCGACGCUAUCCCAAGUCUAUAUGACGGGACAAGGAAGAGAACGAUCGCAAAUCUUGUGCAAGAUCUUUUUGCCGGCGAUCUCGAAGGCCUUGGAUUCCAAAUCGCUUUCGGGUCGUUUCCUAACAUGCCCUUAUCCGACAUGUCAUCCUUCCUGCAGGACCACUUCGACCAAGCAAACGGGCUGGCCUCCAAGGCUGCGCUUGAAGAUGUCCUCGAUUUCAGACUUUUGACAUUUACAUUGCAACCAUUCUCACGGCUGAUAUCCCAGGCAUCGAUUGAUGCAGGCGGUAAUGCUUUGGGAGUAACUCCCGAAGCUGGCGACAAGAUAUGGGUCGAAUAUAACGUUGCCUGGGCCAGCCCGGCCUGCGAUGAGGAUUGCCCAGCCUUUGCCAAAACAGCUGCCGACACCUUCCAGGAGCUACACAAGACGAAGUACUCUGGAAUAUACCCGACAAACUAUAAAUCAGGCGAUCUGGAGUAUCUCAGUUACAAUCCCCUGUUUAUGAAUGAUGCUAUCUCCGGUCAAGAUGUACUCAAAAGCUACGGGGAUGCCAACUACAACCGGCUGAAAAGCACGCACCUUGCCUAUGACCCAGAAGGCCUCUUCAGCAGCAGGCAGAAAGGUUUCACUUUUGCCUAG